GUAAAAUCAACACGUCUGUCUUUUCCACAGCCAAACUGAUGCUACCGGAAUGGGCGAGGUCACCGAUGGCCCCACCCCCAGAAGUACACAACUAACACCGGCUAACAAGUGACCGUAAGAGCCCGGCGCAGCCUCUGAAGUUCGAAGGCGCUCGGUCCCGCUGGUGCGGUCAGGCGGCUCUAAGGCACGCGCACGGGGAUCCGGCGGCCGGAGCUCCCCAGACCGCCAAGGCCAUCGCCAGUUUCCUCGCCCCGCCGGGUCAGGCCUUGCGGGGCGGGCGGGCGGGGGCGGGACCUGCCAAGGCUUUAAGAGGCGGCGCGUGCUGGAGAGGCGGCAAGGGGGCCGCACCAUGGAGACCGCCUGGGACUACGCGGGAGCCCUCAUCAGGCCCCUGACAUUUAUGGGAUCACGGACCAAGCAAGUCCUGCUCACCCCCCUCAUGCAUCCAGCCCGCCCCUUCCGAGUCUCCAACCACAACAGGAGCAGCCGGCGAGGGGUGAUGGCCAGCAGCCUCAAGGAGCUCAUUAGCAAGACCCUGGAUGCCCUGGUCAUCACCGCUGGGCUGGUCACUCUGGUGCUGGAGGAAGACGGCACUGUGGUGGACACAGAGGAGUUCUUCCAGACCUUGGGAGACAACACGCAUCUCAUGAUCUUGGAAAAAGGACAGAAGUGGACUCCGGGUAGCAGGUAUGUCCCCACGUGCCAGCAGCCAAAGAAAUCGGGGAUUGCAAGAGUCACCUUUGAUUUAUACAAGUUGAACCCUAAGGACUUCAUCGGCUGCCUCAAUGUGAAGGCCACUCUGUAUGAGAUGUACUCCAUGUCCUAUGACAUCCGGUGCACGGGGCUCAAGGCCCUGUUGAGGAGCCUGCUGCGGUUCUUGUCCCACACUGCCCAGGUGACUGGACACUUCCUCAUCUACUUGGGUACAUACAUGCUCCGAGUGCUGGGUGACACAGAAGAACGGCCCUCCCUCCAGUCACAUGCCUGGGGCCAGUUCACGUCUGGAAAAGGUCUUAGGCUUCGGAGGGCUCAGCCUGUGUCCUAACCUGAAUACUGUCUUGAGUGACAAGUUUUGAAGAUGCCUUAAUGUUCUGACCUGCAUGCACUUAUAGGUUGCUGGUCACUCUGCUCAGGGGUGAUGUGCUGCUGAAGGAAAGGGCUUGGUGGCAUCUGAAGUGGGGCUGUGCCACAGGGCACCCUGCCGGAGAGGGGGCAUGGGGGCCCUGAGGCUGGGGGGCACCAAGCAGCUGGUGGGUCCUGCAGGUACAUCAGACCUACUUGGCUCCUCACUUCCUGCAAUGAACAAAUCAUAAGAGUCACUCUUAAGACCUGUAA